AAAUAUAAGGCAGCCUGAGUCGCGAGUGCACAAAACACCCCGAUAAGGGCGUACUUAAUUACAUAGAAAUUUUAUGCAAAGCGUGACAGUCACCAAAGUCACUAGGAACCUUCAAAUAUAGAAAGACUUUUCAUUUGAUGUUCCUCGUUUCAAGCCCAAGUCAUGAAACUAUUUGUAUUUCCUCUGUGCAUUAUAUUGCUUCUGAAUCAUGCUGAUUGUAGUGAAAUACCAGCUGGGUUUUUCACAAACCACACCAACAACUGGGCUGUGCUGGUGGAUGCCUCCCGGUUUUGGUUCAACUACCGCCAUGUGGCCAACGUCCUGUCUGUCUACAGAAGUGUCAAGAAACUGGGAAUCCCAGACAGUCACAUUAUCCUGAUGCUGGCCGACGACAUGGCCUGCAACCCGCGGAACCCGCGGCCGGCCACGGUCUUCAACAACGCCAACCAGCACAUCAACGUGUACGGCAGCGACGUCGAGGUCGACUACCGCGGCGACGAGGUGACGGUGGAGCGGCUGGUGCGGCUGCUGACUGGCCGUCUGGAGCCCUCCACGCCGCCCACCAAGCGACUGCUCACCGACGACCGCAGCAACGUGCUCAUCUACAUGACGGGCCACGGCGGCGACGGCUUCCUCAAGUUCCAGGACGCCGAGGAGAUCACCAGCACAGAGCUGGCCGACGCCUUCGAGCAGAUGUGGCAGCAACGCAGGUACAACAACAUAUUUUUCAUGAUCGACACGUGUCAGGCGGCGUCGAUGUACGAGAAGUUUUACUCUCCCAAUAUCCUGGCGGUGGCCAGCAGCCAGGUCGGCGAGGACUCGCUCUCGCACCACCUGGACUCCUCGCUGGGUGUAUACGUCAUUGACAAAUACACCUACCACGCCCUCGACUUCAUGGAAAAACUGAGAAAGGACAGCAAAAAGUCCAUGGCCGACUUCCUGCGGGUGUGCCCGCGGCACCAGUGCGUCUCUACGGUGGGCGUCCGCAGUGACCUGUUCCCGCGGAACCCGGCCGAUGUGCGCGUCACGGAGUUUUUCGGCUCCGUUCGUCACGUGGAGCGUACCGAUCGGCUGGUGGACCUGGGAGACGGUGACGCGGAGACGCCGGUAGCAGUCGGAACCCGGGCGGAGACGGCAGCUCCGGCACCUGCCGGGUCGUACCGAUACGUGGCCCAGUUUCCCGUCAUGUCGUGAGUGUUGUGUGGGUCCCAGCGUAGGGACUGGUGGCCACAGCGGGCCAGACUGGAGCCGGGGUGGCACAGGUAAACGCCAGUUUAGGGUCCGGAGCCUGAGACUUCGCCGGAUUCUAGGUGACCCAGCCGCUCUGAGACCCCAUGAUGGGGACCCGUGAGGGUAGGGUAGGACAUUGACGGUGACUUGGAGUGUCCACAGUCCAGCGGUAAUGGAGCUCCGUGUCAUGGUUGGCGCCUUGUCCCCGUGCUACGGUGGCCUAGGGACCAUUCCGGGAGGGCCGGGACAGAGGUGGCCAGCGGAGGACUGGGACCGGGGGACUGCAGUUCCGGCCCGGCGUAACACCCCUCUCGCCCGUCCGUGUAGUAUCAUUGGUACCGCCCAUCCCCAAGACGGGGCUGUUUCUUCGCUUUGCAUAUCCACACUGAGUUACAGUCAGACCAAGUGUCAGCUACUGUGAUACGACCGUGUUCGUUCAAAGUCGAUCAAUGGUUUGUGCUCACUGAUUGUUUGGUGCUGCCCAGAUUGGGCACUAGCGGAGGGUUGGAGACUACCUGGGGUGAAUUUCCAGGCGUUUUCAAACCAAUUGUGUCCGAAUAGUCGUAAUCAAUUAUGAAUGAUCGUGUCAGAUAAUUGUUGUAAAUCCUACUUUAGUUUCAUAUGUAUUGCCAUAUUGCAUUUUCGCCACUCCCGCUCUUAUUAUGACUAUGUCCGAGUCACUGUCUUUGCUGAAAGACUUGAUAGGCGAGCACCGACGCGCACUGUAAUCCACGACAUUGCUUUUCGUUUCUUACGUGUAUGUCCUGUCUGUCGUAUGCUCUGGUUUCAUAGUCGAUGUGGAAUAAUAGAUCGCACUUGCUCGGUGCUGAUGGUAAAUCUUGAA